AUGCACCAGGGCUCCCGGCUGCAGCUCCAGGCCUGGAUGCAGCUGCUGCAGCGCAAGGAUACAGGGAUCCCACCCGGAAUCUCCCCGGAGGGAUUCCUGCUCGUGUUUAGCUGCCUGGUGCUCUCCGUCUUCUCCACCAUCCAGGAGCACCAGAAAGUGGCCAACCAGUGUCUCUUCAUCCUGUGUGUCAUCGACUUCAUCGUCUUCAUCGCCUCGGUGGCCGUCAUCGCGGCGGGCACGCAGGGCAACAUCUUCGCCACGUCGGCGCUGCGCAGCCUGCGCUUCCUGCAGGGCAUCCUGGGCUCCGGCUUCGCCCUCAAGGUGCAGGAGCAGCAUCGGCAGAAGCACUUUGAGAAGAGACGGAUGCCCGCGGCCAAUCUCAUCCAGGCCGCCUGGCGCCUCUACUCGACGGACGCGGCCCGUGGGUACCUGACGGCCACGUGGUGCUACUACGACAGCCUGCUGCCCUCCUUCAGAGAGCUGGUCCUAAUCUUUGAGCAUUUGCACCGAGCCCGCAACGGAGGAAUUAGGAAUUCAGAGGUGAAAAAAUGGCCGGACGGAGCCCCACCGCCUUAUCCGUCCUUCCCCUCCGGCCAGAAAAGCAGCGGCCCCGCGGCUUGGGCCGGGGAAAGGUCCUGCAUAAACGACGCGGCGCAGGGGCCGGUGCGGGGAGCGGAGCAGCGGGAUGGGGGGACAGGGGACAAGAGCAGAGCCCCUGCUGUCCCCGUGGUGCGGGUGCAGGAGCGGAGCGCGCCCCGGCACUGCGGUGCUGCAGGGGACCGCGAGGAAGAGGAGGAGGAGGAUGCGCCCGCUCUGGCGCCCGCAGCCGAGUGCCCGCCCGAGGACGGCGGCGAGGACAGGGGCUCCCAGGGCGAGCUGAGCGCCGAGGACGUCAUGCCGGCCGUGAAGAGCCUCAUCCGGGCUGUCAGGAUCCUGAAGUUUCUGGUGGCCAAGAGGAAGUUCAAGGAGACCUUGAGGCCCUAUGAUGUCAAGGACGUCAUCGAGCAGUACUCGGCCGGCCACCUGGACAUGCUGGGCAGGAUCAAGAGCCUGCAGACGCGGUGA